UUGCAGUGGAGGAACAGCCUUUGCGUUGUGCUUUCUAGCUGUGCCUGUUCUAUCGUCUGUUUGGUGUGCUAUGGAGCUGCAAUAGUAAAGCUACGUCGCACUACUAGACGUUGUAUGAAUCGAAGUACUGCGAUGGUGAAAGCCGAGCGGUCGCUGUCAUUUCUCACCUUUACCAACUGUAUUUGUAUGCUUACUCUCGCUUCCACAAAUUUGUGUUUCCUGCUUUAUUAUGAUGUCAAUUUGGUGUUUACAUUUCGAUCAUUUCAAAUCGACUUGCUGUUAUUCCUGCCAAUAUGGGUUUUGUACUUCACACAUCCGGCAUUCAAGAAAAGCAUCACAAAUUCUACGUCAGUCAAUGUCAUGGCUUCGGAUUUCCAAUCUUCAAAGAGAAAAAGUGUGAAUCCAUCAUCAGUUGUCAUCCAGUGA